CAUUUAUUCGCCACACUGCAGAUUCAUACGGUGAAUUUUGAAUAAAACCUAUUUGAAAACAUGUUACGUUUAUUUUUCUUGCUGUUCUGUCUGUUGUGUGUGGUGCAGUCGAAAUUACUACAUCAGCCACCUUGCGAAGAAGAUGAGUUGAGAGGUCACUGCAACUGCCCAACAACCAAGUGUUGUACGCCUACCAAAUGUUCUCACUCUAACUUGUGUGCGAUUCAGCCUACGCUUUCUACAGAUUGUUGCAGUUCUUGUUGCUGUAAUUCUGGCUGUAAUUCUUGGUAUAAUUCUCGUUUCAGUUCCUGUUGCUUAGAAUUGGGUAAUUGCUGUGAAUUAAAUGGCGGAAUCUGCGACACAUGUUGUGAAACGUGUUUAUGCUGCAAACAAUGUUCGGUAAUAGAAACCAUAACAAGAAAGAAAUCAAUUUCCUGUGCUAGAAAACGUAUUUCCAAGGAAUAUUUUCAGUACUAAAAAUCUUCAAUUUCUUAAUUUAUUUGUGACAUAAGAGCUUCGAAGAGCCCGACUUUAAUGGAAAUGAGAAACAUAAUGCACAGCACAUAUAACAAUAAAAUAAAAUCUUAAAAGCAAUA